CAUCCUCGGGCUCCCGCAGCCGCCGCCGGCGGGUGGGUGGGGCGCAGAGUGGCCCCGAGGUCACCCGCUGCCUGGGCACGAGAGGCAGGUGGCCGCGGCGGAGGAAGACCUGCAGACCUGCGGGAUCCGCGCGACCCGGGUCCCCACCCGGAGAAGUAACCAAUAUACAACAUGUUGUAGAAGUAUUCAAGAAGUGGCUGAAGGAAGAAAGUGCCACUGCCUAUCAGAAAAUAAAGCAAAACAUGGGAAAUACAACCACCAAAUUCCGCAAAGCACUCAUCAAUGGUGAUGAAAACCUGGCUUGCCAAAUAUAUGAAAAUAAUCCUCAGCUAAAAGAAUCCCUUGAUCCAAAUACAUCUUAUGGAGAGCCCUAUCAGCACAACACUCCAUUACACUAUGCUGCUAGACAUGGAAUGAACAGAAUAUUAGGGACUUUUCUUUUUGGUAGAGAUGGAAACCCAAAUAAACGGAAUGUGCAUAAUGAAACAUCUAUGCAUUUGUUGUGUAUGGGAUCUCAAAUCAUGAUCUCUGAAGGCACCCUUCAUCCUCGCUUAGCACGCCCCAUGGAAGAUGAUUUCAGAAGGGCGGAUUGUCUGCAGAUGAUAUUAAGAUGGAAAGGAGCAAAACUUGACCAGGGUGAAUAUGAAAGAGCAGCUAUUGAUGCUGUUGAUAACAAAAAAAACACACCCCUUCACUAUGCUGCAGCCUCAGGGAUGAAAGCCUGUGUAGAGCUUUUAGUAAAACAUGGAGGAGACUUGUUUGCUGAAAAUGAAAAUAAAGACACUCCUUGUGACUGUGCCGAAAAGCAGCACCACAAAGACCUGGCCCUCAGUCUGGAGUCUCAGAUGGUGUUCUCUCGUGACCCGGAGGCUGAGGAAAUAGAAGCUGAGUAUGCUGCAUUAGACAAACGAGAGCCAUAUGAAGGACUGAGGCCUCAGGAUCUUCGUAGAUUAAAGGAUAUGCUUAUUGUGGAGACUGCAGACAUGCUCCAGGCCCCUCUGUUUACUGCUGAAGCUUUACUUCGAGCUCAUGAUUGGGACAGAGAGAAAUUACUUGAAGCUUGGAUGUCCAACCCAGAGAACUGCUGCCAACGGUCAGGUGUGCAGAUGCCAACCCCACCACCAAGUGGGUGCAAUGCCUGGGACACACUUCCUUCCCCGAGAACUCCACGGACCACACGCUCCUCUGUCACCUCUCCAGAUGAAAUCAGUCUGUCUCCUGGGGACUUAGAUACCAGUUUGUGUGACAUUUGCAUGUGCAGUAUUUCUGUAUUUGAAGACCCCGUGGAUAUGCCCUGUGGACAUGAUUUCUGUAGAGGAUGUUGGGAGUCGUUUUUAAAUCUGAAAAUUCAAGAAGGUGAAGCCCAUAACAUUUUCUGCCCUGCAUAUGAGUGCUUUCAACUUGUGCCUGUGGAUAUUAUAGAAAGUGUAGUUUCUAAGGAGAUGGACAAACGCUACCUACAGUUUGAUAUUAAGGCCUUUGUUGAAAACAAUCCUGCCAUUAAAUGGUGUCCUACUGCAGGCUGCGAAAGAGCAGUCCGGCUGACCAAGCAGGGGUCCAGUCCCUCGGGGGCUGACACGCUCAGCUUCCCCCUGCUGAGAGCCCCUGCCGUGGACUGCGGCAAAGGACACCUCUUCUGCUGGGAGUGCCUUGGUGAAGCACAUGAGCCUUGUGACUGCCAAACAUGGAAAAACUGGCUACAAAAAAUAACUGAAAUGAAGCCAGAGGAACUCGUUGGAGUCAGUGAAGCCUAUGAGGAUGCUGCCAAUUGUCUGUGGUUGUUAACUAACUCCAAACCUUGUGCAAACUGUAAGUCUCCAAUACAGAAGAAUGAAGGCUGCAAUCAUAUGCAGUGUGCCAAGUGCAAGUAUGACUUUUGCUGGAUCUGCCUAGAAGAAUGGAAGAAACAUAGUUCUUCCACUGGUGGUUAUUACAGAUGUACUCGCUAUGAAGUCAUUCAGCACGUAGAGGAACAAUCCAAGGAAAUGACUGUGGAGGCUGAGAAGAAACAUAAACGGUUUCAGGAACUUGACAGAUUUAUGCACUAUUAUACAAGAUAUAAAAACCAUGAGCAUAGUUAUCAGUUAGAACAGCGCCUUCUUAAAACAGCCAAAGAAAAGAUGGAACAAUUGAGUAGAGCUCUCAAAGAAACUGAAGGAGGCUGUCCAGACACCACGUUCAUCGAAGAUGCAGUACACGUUCUCCUGAAGACCCGACGCAUCCUCAAGUGUUCUUACCCAUACGGAUUCUUCUUAGAACCUAAAAGCACAAAGAAAGAGAUUUUUGAACUCAUGCAAACAGACCUAGAAAUGGUCACUGAAGAUCUUGCCCAGAAAGUCAAUAGGCCUUAUCUCCGUACCCCCCGCCACAAGAUCAUCAGAGCAGCAUGCCUUGUGCAGCAGAAAAGGCAAGAGUUCCUGGCAUCUGUAGCUCGUGGAGUUGCUCCUGCAGACUCACCAGAUGCUCCCAGGCGCAGCUUUGCCGGUGGAACAUGGGAUUGGGAAUAUUUAGGAUUUGCAUCACCCGAGGAAUAUGCUGAAUUUCAGUAUCGGAGGAGGCACAGACAGCAGCGUCGUCGAGGAGAUGUGCACAGCCUGCUCAGUAACCCUACAGACCCCGACGAGGCGAGCGAAAGCACUUUCGCAGACAUACCAGAAGGUGGCAGCAGCCGCAGGCCUGGGGCAUCCGUGGUGAGCUCUGCGUCUAUGAGUGUGCUGCAUAGCUCUUCCCUUCGGGACUACAGCCCUGCCAGCCGCUCCGCAAACCAGGACUCUCUUCAGGCUCUGAGUUCCUUGGAUGAAGAUGACCCCAAUAUCCUUCUUGCCAUUCAGCUGUCCCUGCAAGAGUCUGGGCUGGCCAUCGAUGAAGAGACCAGAGACUUCCUUAAUAAUGAAGCAUCCCUAGGAGCCAUAGGCACUUCUCUACCUUCCCGGCUGGACUCUGUGCCCAGGAGCACAGAUAGUCCUCGGGCUGCACUGAGCAGCUCUGAGCUACUGGAACUUGGUGACAGCCUCAUGAGACUAGGAGCAGACAGUGACCCAUUUUCAACUGACACUUUGAGUUCACGACCUCUCAGUGAGACGAGAAGUGACUUCUGUCCCUCUUCCAGUGACCUUGACUCAGCUGGCCAGGACCCCAGUGCCAAUGACAAUCUCCUUGGCAAUAUUAUGGCUUGGUUUCAUGACAUGAACCCUCAGAGUAUCGCCCUGAUUCCUCCAGCAGCAGCCACAGAGAUGAGUGCAGAGCCUCAGUGUCCCUGUGUCGGAGCUGGGCUGGAAGGCGUGAGGGACGUGGGAGUCAUGCCGCCAGAAGACUCAGUGUCCAAAGAUGCUGGUGUCCAUGAAGGGGAAAGAACCCAGGUGGAAGAAAACCCUCUGGAAGAGAGUAUUCUGGCCAGGGAAGAGUUGUCUCAAGCUGGUGACAGUAGUCAUGAGGCAGUCGGCAGAGGGGAUGGGUCAGAGGCUGCCAGUCAAACCCCUCAAACCUCAAGUGACUGGCUCGAGCAAGUCCAUUUAGUGUGACCUGCACGGUUGCUCUCCAGGUGACUCGCAGUCCAGGGGUGUGUUAGGAGAGGAUGCUUUAUACAGACUUGAUCCACUCAAUUUGAACUCAGUGGGAACCACUGGUGUUAGGAUUGAAUGCAAAGGAGUUCGUUCGCUCAGAUGGUGGCUUCAGUGUCGACUUUAACCUUACAGGGAAUGUCUUUGGAGUUCAUCCCUUUUCUAGUGACAAGAGCAGGAGAAGACAGUGGAAGAAACGGGUUGACACCCACAUUCUGAGAGAAGGCAGUGCUCUGUCUAGCCUGGAGUUGGCAGUGUUUAAGUCGACCGUUUCUAUCCAAGGCUUACUCCUUAAUCCUUAGAUGGCUUUCCCCUUUCCAAACAGUGAGGAGCUGUCGUCAUCCUGGAAGCUGGGCUGGACAGGUCUGACAGCGUGUGUCCUCAGUGUCUGUGUACUCUCUUCAGGAGCCUCCUCCCCUCGUCCCAGCAGUGUGAGCUGUGGUGUCCGUUCUGCUUCAUACCCGUCUGCCGCAGUGCGACGGUCUGUCUGUCUGUCACGUGAAUCAAAAGUUCCUUCUCAUGUCUAUUCACGGUCCACUUGUGCCAAACUGACUCGUGCGCUGACUACCGAGGCGUGGAGGUGUGCAGCGUCCUAGUGUGCUCCAGGGCAGUGUCGGCCUUGUCGGGAGUGAAAGGUGCCACUCGGUAGCAAUGAUGUUCCAGAAGUGAAUGGGCUUUUGUUGCCAUGGAGACUGCAUUUAAAUAAAUGUAGCCUGUAGCUUAAGUAAACUAAAGCUAAUGCUGCUGUUAAAACAGUUUAUUUUAAUAUUAAAAUACAGUUGAUUAGCAACA